CCUACUCCAUAGGAGGCACCGGGGAAGAUACCCCGUCGGCAGGUCGGACGCAGGCCCCACCCCACGGGGGUCUCAGCGGAAGGGGGUGCCAGGACGGGAAUCGAAUCCCUGGCUUUCCGAGGACGAAACCGUGCCACAGACAAGCUACGUGACUUGCCCGAGGUCACACGGCAAGGCAGUUUGACUGCCCCAGGGACAGGUGCGGGGUGCUGAGAGACUGUGCCUCCUGAGAAGUGCAGACAUGUCAUUGGCCAAGAUGCAGAUAAGCAGUGACGACCUCCUGGAGAAAGAACAGCUCGACAGUGGGGGGUUUGGAUUGGUGUCCUUGUGUUUCCAUAGGAGCCACGGGCUGGUGGUGCUGAAAAACGUGUACACCGGCCCGCAGCGCACCGAGUAUAAUGCUUCCCUUCUGGAAGAAGGAAAAAUAAUGCACAAACUGAAUCACAGUCGGGUAGUGAAGCUCCUAGGCUUUAUUUUGGAAGAUGGCAACUACUCUCUUGUGAUGGAAUACAUGCAGAAGGGAAACUUGAUGAAGGUGCUUAAGACAACCAGUAUCCCCUUGUCUGUGAAAGGGAGAACUAUUCUGGAGAUCACCGAAGGAAUGAACUACUUGCAUGGAGAAGGUGUAAUCCACAAAGACUUGAAGCCAGAAAACAUCCUUGUUGAUGAUGACUUUCACAUUAAGAUAGCCGAUCUUGGUGUUGCCGCCUUCAAAACAUGGAGUAAGCUGACUAAAGAGGAAAACAAUAGGCAGAGGAAAAUGAAGAGCGCCCCUGAGGCAGCCGCUGGUACCCUCUUCUACAUGGCCCCCGAGCACUUGAGUAGUGUCAACACCAAGCCCACAGAGAAAUCAGAUGUGUACAGCUUCGCCAUUGUGCUCUGGGCAAUUUUUGCCAAUAAGGAGCCAUAUGAACAUGCUAUCUGUGAACAGCAAAUUUACUGGGGCAUUAUACAUGGUAACAGGCCAAACGUGGAGGACAUCAGGGAGAGCUGCCCAAAGGAAAUCAUUGACCUAAUGGAACACUGCUGGAAGGACCACCCAGAAGACCGACCAACAUUUGAAGGAAUUCACCAAGGAUUCAGUCCUUUUUACCAGAAACAUUUUGAAAAAAACGUGGAGACAGAUGUGAUUAAUUUAAAAAAAAAGUAUCCUGCCCCAAAUGAAAUCGUGCAAAGGAUGCACUCGCUCCAAAUCGACUCAACACCCUACCGUGCAAGCAGCACACCUCCAGAUCAGCCCAAUUCACUGCACAGCUCCCAGGACCUUGGGACUUGUUAUGUAGAUGAUGCCAUGUUCAGCCCUUACCCUGAAAACCAGCCUGUGGAGACCGAAGCCCCCUCGGAGGAGCCCAGCUUACAGCAGAAACUCCAGGAAGAAGCCAACUACCAUCUCUUUGGCGAACGCCUAGAUAAACAGCAAAGUUUCCAGAACAAAUACAGUGCUGCUCAAGGCAUAGAAGAAGAAAGGAAACGGAGAGUCUCUCACGACCCCUUCGCAAAGGCUCCCGGGCCUUUCCAGACUCUUCAGCCUGCCGGAGCCAGGGCUGCCGCUUACCACGGUCUGGCCGGUUCCAGCGUUGGGUCUCAGCAGUCAGCGGCAGCUGGUGCCGCUCCCUCACUGCCACGGAGGGGCAGUGAACCAGCCAGCCACAGUGUUUCUUUCAGAACAAGACCCGCAAAGGUGCCAGCGGCCAGCACGGAAUACGGGUACGAACCAAACCCAGGCCCUCUGUUUGGCCUGCAUAAAAUACCUGUGCCGGAGACUAAUUUUGAUCCGCUGGCCAACAUGCCGACCUCUUCCUAUCCCAAGAGCCUGGCUUCCAUAGAAGACUUGGGACGAAUCAGCAUAACCCGAAGCAGUGCCAUCCAGAUCGGAAAUUGCAAUUAUAUGAUGAUUGACGAUAAGAGUUUACAGCCUGCGAGCACAUAUCUAAACUCUCAGACACAGCUAGAGUUAUGGGCUAUCUUUGAGAAUCCGUCGAGUCUGCUUGAUGAACACCUGCACCCCGUGAGAGAGAACCUGGCCAAACAGUGGAAAAAUUGUGCCCGUCAACUGGGUUUCACCGAGGCCCAGAUUGACGAAAUCGACCACGACUAUGAGCGAGAUGGACUGAAGGAAAAGGUGUAUCAGAUGCUCCAGAAGUGGCUGAUGAGAGAGGGCAAUAAAGGGGCCACCGUGGGAAAGCUGGCCAAAGCUCUUUAUGAGUGCAAGAGGAUAGAUCUUCUAAAUGGUUUGAUACGCAUGGUCCAGAGCCAACCCAAGUGAUGAAACCAGCAGAAAUGGAUACAAACGCUUUUUUUUCCACUUUGGGAAGUGGACUAUACGAAGGAGGCCUGUACUAGCCAAAGAGGCCUGUACUAGUCAAGGAGGCCUCUUUGGGUUGAGGGACUGAAUCCUGCCAAUCUGCUCAUGAAAUUUAGGGAGAUUGGAAGAGAGCAGGCAACCUAGGAAGGCUUGGUAUUGGAGAAAAAAUGUGCAUGGUGGUAAAUAUAAUUCUCCAAGAUACUUCCAAAAACUAAAUCCCAAAUAUGGUAUUGAGUGAGAAUUGAUGGUUUGGAUCAGUUGCUUUUGAUCUCCUUUCAAAGUGUGCCACUCACUGAUAGUUUCUUGUCCUUAGAUCUGUGAAAUGUUGUGACUAAGUAAAAAUAGUGUAUUUAAGAGGACUGGAGAAAAAGGAAGCCACAGGCCCUCAAGUUCUGUGCUGUUUUCCAUACAACUUUCCCUACCACUAAGCUGACCUUCCGUUGCAGGACAAAAGGAGAGAAGCAACAGGCCUGUGAGUCAGAGGAUCUGAGUUUUAAUCUCAACUCUGCCAUUUGCCUUUGACUCUUCUAUAUGACUCUUCUAGGCCCAUUAUCCUCAAUUGUAAUAAAAUGGGGACUAAAUUACCUGUUCUUCCUCCUACUUUGACUGUGAGCCCCAUGCGAGACAGGGACUGUGUCCCACCUGAUUAACUUGUAUCUACCCCAGCGCUUACUUAGUACAGUGCUUGACACAUAGUAAGUACUUAACAAAUACAUGAAUAGGGUAUUCCUUAAGAUCUGGGCGCCUGUCCUAAGAGCAGAGUGAUUUUUUUUACUGUGGGCAACAAAGUGGAACAGUAGGAGAUUACAAACCCUAUUACUGAGUUCUAAACUCAGUCCUGUAAUUAACUAAUGAGUCUGAACAGUUUUGUUUAGCCUCUCCAUGCCUCAGUCUCCUCAUUCUGUAAAAUGGGAAUGUCAAUUCCAUCUUUCUCCCAUGUAAUGUGAGAAAUGACUGGUAAUGACUGCAAAGCACUUUCUAUUACUUGCCAAUAAUGCCUUCAAUUGCGUUUCUUCUCCAACCUUCGUAAUGUGUCCCAGGGGUUCUUGCUUAGAUGUGUUAUUGCUUUUUAGCGCCCUGUGUUAUUGCUUUUUAGCGCCCUGUAGUAUUUUCCCAUGGAUUUAAUGGUGAUCCUUGAAACCAAAGAUGUUCUGAUUCCCUUUCUCUACCCAUCACUGCCUGAAUGUCCUUUAUGAUGCUGAUUGAAAGUCUCUUGAAUGCAGCCCAAAUCAGCAAUAACUUUGAAUUGAUAAGUUUGGAAUAUGAAAGAAGAUUUCAUUUUUUAAUCUUUUCUUAAAUUUGACAAUAAAACUUUAAUUUGAUAUCUUUAGCUUCCAAA